UUUCGCUUGAUCCAAAAUAUUGAAUCCUUGAAUACUUUCCCACGAUUUCCGCUCUCUCGCGAAAAUUCACGCGCGCUUCCCUUCUCUCUGGAAGCCACUGUGACCAUAGAAGAGGUGAAGGUAUCGAGUUUUCUAGCCGCAUCCACGCCCUACUUUCGCUCUGCCUCUGUUGAUUUGGGAACAGCGAUUAUUUAGGGUUUGCGGAUUCCCCCAUGGGAGUCCGAGAAAAACCCUUCCUUGAAUUGAUCUCUGCCUCCUCUCAUCUCUAGCGGCAAAUUCCUCCCUUGCUCCUCUUUAAUGUGAGCUCGGGGCAGUCAACGGCAUGGAGGGCGUCGCCGAAUCGGAGCGGAAACUGCCGUUGGUCCCUUGCUCUUCGAAGGACAAGAAGGGCAAACAAACAUCCAAGGUUCCAAUUAGGAUUGGCGAUCGUGCAACUAGUGAUGUAAUUGUCAGGCUAAGGACCGAUGAAGGGCGUGAUAAUUGGUUCUACUGCCAUUCGCAGAUUCUCGUAGAGAAGAGCAAGUACUUUGCAGAUCGCCUUUCUGAGGACUGGCCAACAUGCCAGAUCCUUGAUUCUCGAAAUUGUGUUGAAGUAUACUGUCGAGAAGUGGAGUUCAACUUUCAUGUCAGUGCCCUCCGGCUCCUCUACGUAACAGAGCCACACACUUGGCAUGGUGUAAGGAACACACUUGGCAUUCUCCAGGUUGCUGACCACCUUGGCUGUCACCAGAUGGCUCGUGAUUGUAUUGACUACCUGGAAGCUGUCCCCUGGGAGGAGGCCGAGGAAGAGGAGAUAUUGAGGACCAUCCCUUGUCUUGGUUCGCAAUAUGGGCAGAUCCUUGCACGCCUUCGGCCUGUCGACCCAACAGCGGUGCUUGGGAUUUUCAUCUCUGCCAUCCGUUUUGCUACAUCAUCACCCCCUCCAUCAAUGCGAGAGCUAAAGUCUUCUGCUCAGGAUCAGCUUGAGUAUAUGCUCACUGAGGAUGACGAUGUCCCUAUUCUGGCCUUCGACAAUGAGGUUAUGAAAUUUGAAGUCAAGAAUUGUGUGAGGGAUCUUUUAAACAGAUUCAAUCACCUGAUAGAAUCUUUCUUAAGCACAUCUCCAGACAUGAACAGGAUGCAGGACCUGCAAUCCCUUCUGUCUGACAUCUCAUGGAUUUGUCAGAUUUUGAGUAAGAUGGAAAUGAUGAAGGAACUGAUUCAUUAUUGGGUGGACGCAUCUGUUGACAUAAUAAAAGCCAUUGAGCAAGUGAGUACAAAUGUUGACAUGCUGGACGCCAGAUUGAAAGUGGUUGAAGUGGCCUCCAAGGUUUUGGAGGCAAUAGGGUUCGGGAAUAUCAUACUUCCAACUGCAAAGAGACUUCAUGUGGUGAAGGUUUGGCUUCCAUUUGUGCAGAGAACAAGACCUUUGGUGGAGCAAGUUCAACCUAAUGGCGAGGAAGUGUUAUCGGUUAGGAUAGACAGUGAAAUCUGGCAGAGCUUGGAAUCAGCUUUUGUUUUGAUCGUGCUUACCUUGCCAUCACAGGACCAGGCAGAGAUACUGGCAGAAUGGCUGAGGUCCGAGCAUGUCCGAUACCCAGACCUGACAGAGGCAUUUGAGGUCUGGUGUUAUAGGUCUAAGGUUGCCAAGAGGAGGCUUGCAUCAUUAGGUGGUCCUGGCACUAUAAGUUAACCCUCAUAUUUCUCCAUUAUUAUCCCUUUUUUUUGUGGUAAGCACUCCAUUAUUAUAUCAUACACUUCAUUGUGAAGUUAUGCCUUCACAGAUGAGCUGGACGGGAUGUCAUGUACAUGUCCUUAAUAUUGUUCAUGUAAAUUUUCCAUUUUAUAUUAAAUUGGUUCUCUUCCAGGAAUUCAUCAGAUAAUUAAAAUUUCUUUUUCAUUCUGUA